AUGUCACAUACAAUCGAAAAGAAGCCAAUCAGUUUCUCAAACAUUGCCCUUGGGGCAGUCUUAAACAUUGCCGAAGUUUCAUCGUUAGGUCAAAACCUAGAAGUCAUCAAAACCACCAUGGCAGCCCAUAGAAACUUCACCAUGCCCCAAGCUAUCAAAUAUGUGUAUUCCCGUGGGGGGAUCUUAGGUUUCUAUCAAGGUUUAUACCCUUGGGCCCUCCUUGAAGCCUCCACCAAAGGGGCUGUGUUGUUGUUUGUAGCUGCUGAAUCUGAAUAUAGAUAUAAAGUCUUAGGUAUGAAUCAUUUCCUUGCUGGUAUGGGAGGUGGUAUUACUGGUGGGUUAGCUCAGGCAUAUUUGACAAUGGGAUUCUGUACAUGUAUGAAAACUGUUGAAAUCACUCGUGCCAAGGAAGCAGCUGUUGGUGUUCCCCAACAUACUGCCAUGCAAGUAUUUAAAGAUAUUUAUAAAAAAGAAGGAAUUAGAGGAAUUAAUAAAGGGGUUAAUGCAGUUGCAAUUAGACAAAUGACGAAUUGGGGUUCUAGAUUUGGAUUUGCUAGAUUGGCAGAAGAUGUGAUUCGUAAUUUAACCGGUAAGGGUAAAGAAGAUAAAUUAUCAGCAGUUGAGAAAAUCGGUAGUUCGGUAAUUGGUGGGGGGUUAAGUGCUUGGAAUCAACCUAUUGAAGUUGUUAGAGUUGAAAUGCAAUCUAAAACCGUUGAUCCUAACAGACCAAAGAAUUUAAGUGUUUUGGGGGCUGCUAAAUAUAUUUAUCAAUCUCAUGGUCUUAAAGGGUUAUAUAGAGGGGUUACUCCAAGAAUUGGAUUAGGGGUUUGGCAAACUGUGUUUAUGGUUGCUUUUGGUGAUAUCUUUAGAAAGAUGUUACAUACUGAUGGUCCAGGUCAUUAA